AUGUUCAGUCUAUUAUUUCUUCAAUUCCUCGAGCAGCACUUUAUCGCCACUGCCAUUCUCCUCCUCCUUCCAAUCCCUCUUCGUGCAAUCGAGACAUAUCUUCGCAGAUGGAGACUCGCGCAAGCCCAAGGCUGUCAAGACGCAGCUAGCAAAGUCCCCGUCAAAGACCCCAUCGUUGGCUUUGACUUUUUAUACAAGGUCUUUUUCGGUCAAGCCCCGGAACGAUAUCUCGAUAGCACAUGGCAGGCCUUUAAGGAGAUGGGGACCACUUAUAUAGAAAGGAGGUGGUCGUGGCAAUGCGUCUACACCUGCGAUCCCCAGAACCUCAAGCACAUCCUCGCUUCUGCCUCUGAAGACUUUGAUCUUCCAGAGUUUCGAACUUCAGUCAUUGGCCAUGUCUUUGGGCAGGGCAUCUUUGUCUUAUCCGGACAUACAUGGAAGCACGCCCGGGCCGUACUGAGACAGAGUUUCAGGAAAGACAACCCUACACCAUUCCUCGAGACGUUGGAACGGAACUUUCAAUCUUUCUCAAAACAUGUUCCGACUGAUGGUUCUGAGGUUGAUCUUCAGCCUCUGUUCCUGGCUUUCGCUAUGGAUGUCUCGACAGAGUUUCUCAUGGGACACUCGACGAAUAUGCUUAGUGACAAAGCAGAUCAUACUCGAGAGCAGCAAUUUGUUGAUGAUUACAUGAUUUGCUCUGAAGAGAUCAUCCAACAAAUGCAGCUUGGUCCUCUCCACCGUCUCAAGUUCAACUUUGCAGCUAAUAGGGCCAAAAAGAGAGUAUACAAAUAUCUCGACACCUUUAUCGAAGAAUCCUUAAACAGUCCUAAACAAGGUUCAGAGGGCGGUUUCCUUACAGACAUGAUGACUAUAUCCGGCGACAGAAAGGGUCUAAGUGACCAUAUCCUACACAUCCUCCUCGCGAGCCGCGACACCACAUCAAGUCUACUCAGCAAUCUCUUUUUCUUCCUUUCAAAAAACCCUCGAAUAUACAACAAGCUAAGAGACCAAGUUCUAAACGUGGCUGGCCACGAACCCCCUACUGCAAGUCAACUAAAAGAAAUGACCUAUCUAAAAUGGUGCGUCAACGAGUCCUUGAGGCUGCAUCCUGUCAUCCCCACAAACGCCCGCGUCGCAGUCAGGGACACGACAAUCCCUCGUGGUGGCGGCGCCGACGGGUCGUCGCCACUCUUUAUUUCCAAGGGAACAGCCCUGUUCUACAACGUCUACGCCAUGCAUCGAAACAAGGACGUUUUUGGCCCCGAGCCUGAAGAGUUUAUCCCCGAGAGGUGGGAGGAUCUGAGACCAGGCUGGGGGUAUCUACCCUUUAACGGCGGAGCUCGUGCUUGUAUCGGGCAACAGUAUGCUCUUCUGGAAACGCAUUAUGUGGUGGCUAGGAUGGCGCAGACUUACUCGCUGCUUGAGUCGCGUGACGAUGAGGAGUGGAUGGAGUUGUAUGCCUUGGCGCUAUGUUCUAAGAACGGUACCCGAGUGGCUGCUAGGAUAUGA